AAAGACCACGCCAUAGCUGCCUCGUCCUACCUCCUUCUCUAAAGUGUAGAGCUCCUCCAUCGCUCGCAGGAGCAGGGCCUAAGGUGAAAGUCCUGAGCCGCCAUAAACCACCCCCCCCACCCCAACCACCAACCACCCACCUCCGCCCUCCCUGGUUUCACAUCAUUGGGUUUCAUUGUGGAGGAGGACGGUAAAACACAUCAGCUGAAUGAGAUGGAGAGGAGACAAGGAGUUCGACUUGAAAUGAACAGCGGACACGAGCCAAACACCGGUUUGGUGCAGCUGUCUACUGGACCCACAUCCCAUAGGCUCUAUUUCCCAGAUCCUCCCGCUGUUGAACCCUGACUCGUGUUUUCUACCUGCUGGGCUCCUGUUUGUCUCUGCCUGUCUGGGUGUGCUGAGCGAUGAAGAUCCCUCUGUGGUGCCUGGUGGUUCUGCUGGCAUGUCUCUUCACCCCUGGACGCAGUGACUGCCAGGGGGAGUGUGUGGCCUGCGGUCUGCUCAUGCAGCAGCAGCAGCAGCAACAGCUGCAGCAAGCCUUCAACACCAUGGUGUGUUUGUUGGAGUGUGAGGGUCAUGUCUCCUCCUCGCUCACAUGGGAGGUGUGUAAACGUGCUGUGAAAAUGUCGCGCCAUCCGAUGUUUCCUGAGGGAGGCGCUCUGCUCAAGAGAACAGGAGAGGAGCUGGAGCUGACCUCUCUUGACCUGAACUCUGACAGUGAACUGCUGCAGUCUGCAGCCGCAGAGCGUCUCCAGGAGGGGGAUCGGGAUGAGACACCACUCGAGCAGCGCAGUGUCCAGUAUGACUCAUCACUGCUGGAAACCUCUGAGGAGGGGGAGGGCCUGCAGGGCCUGGAUCUCAGUCUGCUGGAUGAAGAGAUGAAGCCGAGGGAGGAGAGGAAUGCGGAGAGUGACAGCCAGCUAGGAGGGGAAGAGGGUGACACCUCAGAGUCUGUCACCUUAUCCAAACGCUUUGGUGGCUUUCAGAGAGGGCGCCAUGGGUACAGGAAGCUCAUUGGCUCACCCAUGAGGCCCUUACAAAAGCGCUACGGCGGCUUCAUAGGCGUCCGGAAAUCUGCCCGCAAAUGGAACAGUCAGAAACGGGUGAACCAGCUGCUCAGGCAGUACCUGGGCAUGAGGAGCAGCCGCAGCGGCAGGCUCAACAGCAUCCCCGUAACUCGGGUUUGGAGGCAAAACAAACUGUAACGUGUUUCUGUUGCUCUCACAGUAUCCUGCCCCAGUUACCUCAACCAAUCAAUCAUGUUUUCAGCAGCUCACGCCAGUUUUGAACUGUGACGUCGUCAUCGUCAUCGGAUGAACAGACUCCGCCAUCUCGCUGCACCUCUCUUCGUGUCUCUAAGUAACAAGGAAUGUUUUGACCGUGAUGUCCUUCUUAUUAAGCAUAUUUACAUGCCAUUCUGUGAAAUAAAAGAAUUAGAGAAGUGCAAUUGAAUAUAUUUUUGUGUGUUGGUAUAAUAAAAGGGGCCAAAAUGAGAUUGGAAAACUGGUUCACUGCAAGGUUUUUCAGACCUGAGGGUGUGACAUUUAAAAAAAUCAUGUUGACUGCACUUUCAUGCCUGUGUGGAUGGGACUUUUAAUUACGGCUUCAGCAGUUGUUGUUUGUUUUUUGCACUCUGUAGUUUGUCUUAUGAGGGGCGAUAACUGAUGUCCAGCUCUCAUGAAAUGGACGUAUGUUUCAAUAUGUAGGCGUCCCCUUUUAAAACAAAUCAUGUUGGACAGGUCUGUAACUGCUAAGCUUCCCACAUGUCAGAGCAGACACAAAUAGUAAAAGCAAAUUGGAAGUGGACCAGCACUGUGCUUUUAAGAUGGUUCAUUCAGAUGUAAAUACGGUGACAGUGGGAUUGCUGGAGCACAAACUGUUUAUUACUGGUAUGAGAAUCCAAUUUUCUGCUAAAGGCACUUAAUUAAUUUAACACAAAGGAUGUAAAAUUGGUUUUCUGGACUCAAACUCACCAAAAUUCUGCGUCUCCUCAAAAAAAACAAAGAGCCGUGUUGCCAUUGCUUCAUUCUGAGUAUUGACACAAAAAAGAAAAGUCUUUUUCCUGUCUAUUGCUUUCUGAUUUUGGCCAUUAAGUGGAAGUUGUCAAUACAAACCUUGCAAGUGAUGAGUUUCUCUUGAGGAAAUGAGCAGCAGGUUGACAGGUUUCCUUAUGUUCCUCUCAGUGGAACAAUACUGUCCUCUAGUGUCUGAGGAACAAACAUGUUGCCCUUGGAUACUGACUUGGGAUCAGAAAUUAGAAAUUAGCAUGGCUGAUAUGGCUCAUACUUAACUUACCUGUCCAUCACAGUCAAACAAAGACAUCAGAAGAAAAAGUAUUGGUAGUUUCUGAAUGACACCUCAUAGUUCAUCAUAUUUUCCAACCAUCUAAGAAACUGUAUGAAAUUAUUGUGGUGUGGUGGGGAGGGGGGCUGAACCUUGUUUUAGAAAAGCAGCAUUACUCCCCCUUAAAAAUUCCUAAAAAAUCUAAAUAUAGAUUAAUAAAUAUAAAUUGGCACAAUUAAUUUCACUACUGAUAACUAAAAGAACAAAAGCAUUCAGAACUGUAAGUGAAUUAAACACUGAAAUUUAAAGUGAAACAGUUUUUAUCUUUUAAAUCAAAUUCUUAGAUAUGAUUGGAUCGCUCAGAGGUGGGUGUGGCUUAGUGGAUGUGGUGACGGGACACAGAGCUGCUUUCACAGUUUUACCUGAUGAAAUCCAACCACACACCUGGCUCCUGUAUGAUAUUGCUCUGCUAGCGACUCACUAGCUAAUACAGUAUUAUCCGAUUGUUGGGACUAGCUAGCCAACCCAAUAUUUGAUUGGAUGAAUUUAUAUUAUAUUAGUAUUGGAAUUGUAAAUUGCCUAAUAUUGUGACAAACCACACAAUGUUAAAUAUUAAUGCUGCUUGAUUUUUAAAGAGCUGCUUAAAAAUGUUAUUACUGUCACUAAAUGAAUAAAAUAGGUUCAAUUCUGACCGUCCUUCCCCUCCAAUAACUUUCAUACAGUCCCUGACUUUCCCUGUAAUUACAGAAAGGAGGGAGCAAUAAUUUACAGAGUUGCUAAGGUGGAACUCAGAAGUAAAAGGAAACUAAUCCCCAGUCAGUUCUCAAACAUUAAACAUCUGCAGAGCUGUUCACGUCACUUUGCACUUAAGUGCAUGAAUCUGGAAACUUCCAGGGUCAUUGGGUGUGUACUGCACCGUAGGAUGGGAAAGGAGGUCUGUUAAUGACACAAGCCCCGAAAACCAUCUUAAUGGACCAUUGAAGAACGGAGGAAUAGGAUGAACUGUGCAUGUCAACUAUGGUCAGUAUUAUCCAGAAAAGGUUGUUUCUGCUUGGGUGAAAAAAAUAUGGUCAUUUGUUCUGUCGUCAGGAUAUUUAAGUAGGUCACAACCAUUCAUUUGCAUCUUAAUAGUGUUAACUAGUGUUUGAUUAAGAGAUGUAAUAAUGUAUGCAUAUGAGUGUGUGGGUGAUUGCAGAGUGUGUGUGGGUGUGUGUGUGUGUGUGUGUGCGCACGUGCAUGUGUGUGUGCUUGUGCGGUUCACUGUCGACCUCGACACAAAAAAAAUGAAUUUGUGAAUACAGUGUACAUUUCAGACAUUUCUAACAUUAAACCAUUGUUCUGAGUCUUCAUACAAAAUGUGUAUAGAGAAAACUACAAUAAAAUAGUUUGCUAUUU